GAGGUUUGGGCACAGUCUCUUGGUUGCUCCUCGCAAGAGCUGGUGUGGAGGAGCCGGCUCUGGGCACCCCAGGCCUGACGUGGGCAACCGGAGCGGCCGGGUUGGGGGGUCCCCAGCCAGGCAGGCAGCUCCCCCCCCCCUCCCCGCAUUGCCCAGCUCCAGCAAUGAGUGGCUCUUUCGACAAGAAGCUCUCCAGCAUCCUCACCGACCUCUCGGGCUCCCUGAGCUGCCAUGCCGCCUCCAAGGACUCUCCCACCUUACCGGAGUCCUCCGUCACCGACCUGGGCUACUACACCAGCCAACAUGACUACUACCCGGGCCAGUCCUACAGCCAGCCUGUGAGCCACUACCCCUACCACCAGUUCAACCUCAACGGCAUCGGCACCGCCGGCACCUACUCGCCCAAAUCUGACUAUUCCUACAGCCCUUCCUACCGCCAGUACAGCCACUUCAGGGACCAGCAGCUCCCGGCCCAAGAAGCAGUGUCGGUGAAGGAGGAGCCGGAGCCGGAGGUGCGGAUGGUCAAUGGGAAACCCAAGAAGAUCCGCAAGCCCCGCACCAUCUACUCCAGUUACCAGCUGGCGGCUCUGCAGCGCCGCUUCCAGAAAGCGCAGUACCUGGCGCUGCCCGAACGGGCUGAACUGGCCGCCCAGCUCGGGCUCACCCAGACCCAGGUGAAGAUCUGGUUCCAGAACCGGCGCUCCAAGUUCAAGAAGCUGUACAAGAACGGCGAGGUGCCGCUGGAGCACAGCCCCAACAACAGCGACUCCAUGGCCUGCAACUCCCCGCCUUCCCCGGCCGUCUGGGACAGUAACUCGCACGGCACCGCGCCGGGCAGGACCCCCCUCCCGCAGCCGCUUCCUUACAGCUCUUCUCCGGGCUUCUUGGAGGAGCACAACCCCUGGUAUCACCCCCAGACCCUCAGCGGACCCCACGGACCCCACCAGCCGCCACCGGCCGCCGCGAUGCAUCACACCUCCCCGGGGCCGCCCCCAAACACGGGUGCCGUCUAUUAAAGAGCCCGGAGCUGAGACCAGGAAUGAGGGACAGUGGCAGAACUCCUUUGCCUCCUUUUUUUCCCCCUACUUUUUUUUGGGUUUUUUUCUUCUUUUUUUUUCUAUUUUUAAAGCGAAAAAGGACACCCAUGUACACACACCCCUAAAUAUACUCUUAGAUAUCCUAUCCUUUCCCAGCUCAUCUCAGGAACAAGAGGACUCCAAAGGGUUAAACUCCUUAGCUACCAGCCCAGGGCAGGCAAGGAAAAGGUGGCAGCGAAUUCUUCUUCUGCAUUUUUAUCCUUAUUCCAUCACCCCCUAAUAAAAACCAGCCCCCGAGGAGCCGCAUCCCACUGGGAAUCUCUCACCGGAGCUUUGCUUCUUGGGGCCACCCUGAGCCUUUGGGGGGGCUCCCUGAGCACAGGGGGCACCCAGAGCACCUGCACCCAGGCCCGU